CCAAUUUUUCGGUCGACAAACAAACCCUUCAUCUCUUCUUCUUCCCCUUUGCGUUUCUGCAGAUCUCGCAAUGGCGAAAUCCGCCUCCCUUCUCCUCCUCCUCUCCAUUCUCACCAUCGCCGCCACCACCAGCGCCGCCCGUAACGGCGGAGCUUCCAAUUUCAUCAAAUCGAAGUGCAGCGCCGCAACUUACCCUGACCUCUGCGUCCAAUCCCUCUCAACCUUCGCUUCCACAAUCCAACAAAACCCUCGCCAACUAGUCCAAACCGCCCUAGUCGUGAGCCUCUCACGCGCUCAAUCCACCCGAUCCUUCGUCUGGAAAAUGACGAAGUUCAGUGGCUUGAAGAAGAGAGAGUAUGCGGCCUUGAGGGACUGUAUGGAGGAGGUCGGCGACACCGUGGAUCGACUAAGCAAAUCAGUCGAGGAACUGAAGCGCGUUAGCGGAUCGAAGCAGAAGGACUUCCAAUGGCACAUGAGCAACGUGGAGACUUGGGUGAGCGCUGCCAUGACCGACGAAAACACUUGCUCCGACGGAUUUGCCGGCUCCGCGCUGAACGGAAGAAUUAAGUCUUCGAUCAGAGCUCGCAUCGUGGAUGUUUCUCGAGUCAUAAGCAAUGCGUUGUCUCUGAUUAACAAGUACGCUGAAAAUGAAAGUUAGAGAUGCGACUUCAGGUUCUUCGAAUCCCUACACUGCUUCUGCAUCUGAAGAUGAAUUAGAUGAAUCUGUCAAGAGUUUGAUGUAUAUUAAGAGAGUUUUUGAGUGUUUUGAAGUGGUAAAUGCAACCAUAAGGAUGUAGUGCUUGCUCUGUUUUAGGGUAUUUUGUGUGCAACUGUAAUAGAUACUCUUGUUUCGUUUUCCUUUUCUUUGUUAUUAUCAUAUAUGGAUGUGUAUUCCUUGUCACAAUAGAAAAAUGUAAGCAUUGUGAUGUGUGCCUAAGCC